AUGUUAUUCAUUUCAGUUGUAAGCGGAAAGGGCGGAGUUGGGAAAUCAACUAUUGCUGCGCUUAUUGCAGCCAAAUUAUCGAAGAAGGCACCAACCCUGCUGUUCGAUUUAGAUAUAUGUGGUCCAUCGAUAGGAAGUAUUUUCCCAACAACCGGCAAGAUUAUCAAAACUCAGAAUGGUUUAAAACCUUUAAGAGUUGAUAACAGCUUUUUAUAUACUCUGUCUAUGUCCUCUCUGAUUAAAAAAGACAGCUCUGUAAUAUGGCGAGCUCCACGCAAAUUGCAAUUGUACGAGAUGUUCUACAACAGCGCCUACGAAAAAAUGACUACCGAUACAAAUAAUGUUUGUUUCAGACCAGGAGAUGCUUCGAAGAACCACGGAUAUAUAGAUAGUGGUGUAGGGCAGAAUUCUGAUGUUUCCAAUGAAAACGAACAAUUUUAUUAUGAAUACGUGGUAAUUGAUACACCUCCAGGUAUUACAACGGUGCACUCCUUUCUCAAAGAAAAGAAAACAAAGGUAUUGCUCGUUACAACAAGCCAAAAUGUGGCUAUCUCAGAUUCGAUCAACACAAUUACUUUUUUCAGUGGUGUAGACGGUGUAGUAGAAAAUAUGAGUGGCUUGAAGUGCCCAAGCUGUGAACGGAUUACCAACAUAUAUUCAAGAAAUGGAGGACAGCAUCUUGCCAAAGAGUUCAACAUUCCCUUCUACGGAACACUUGAGAUUGAUAAAGACAUGUCGAAAUAUAUUGAAAAUGGUACACUGUACGAGAAUAUUGAAUCUUUGGCCUGUAGUGAUGUUAUGAAUACGAUUAUCGAGAAAGUGAUCAAUUUGUGA